CUGUCGCCGCCGCCGCUCUUUUUCUCCUGCUCCUCCUCCUCUUUCGCUCCUUUUUCCUCCGCCGCUGCCGCCGGGCAUGCGAGGCGAUGGCCGCGGGCGGCGCGUGGAGCGUUGAGGAGCGGACCUACCGCCGCUUCCUGGAGCUUUUCCUGGGCGAGUUCCGCGGACCCUUCGGCGCCGAGCCGUCGCCCCCGUCCGGCGGCGGGGCAGAAGGCGACGCGGGGCGGGAAGCCGUCGAGGUCGAGGAAGAAGCCGUGAGGGGAGACGAAGAAGAAGAAGGUGGUGAAGGAGGAGGGGACGGGGAGCCGCCGCCGCCGCCUGAGGAAGAGGGGGGAGGCGAAGAAGAAGCCGACGAGGCGCUGGACGAAGGCGACGAUGCUGCCGCCGCCGGCGACAACGACGACGAGGGAGCCGGCGGCGACGGUGACAGCCGCGUCGGGGAAGCGCAGCCUGAGGAGGAGCUGCCCCCGGCUGUGGCCCCGGCGGCAGUGCCCGCUUCGCAGCCGCAGCCUCCCGCCCGGCCGGCCAGCCCGCCGCCGCCGCCGCUGCCCUCGCUGCCCCGGCCGCUCUCGGAGCACAUCACCGAGGAGGAGGUGGAGGGCGAGUGCCUGGACCUCUGCCUGCAGCAGCUCUACAAGUAUAAUUGCCCUUCAUUUUUGGCGGCUGCUUUAGCCCGUGCGACAGCUGAUGAAGUCCUCCAGAGUGAUCUUUCGGCACAUUACUUGCCCAAGCAUGAGGAUAGCCCCGAUGGGAUCAUACAGGUAGAAACAAUGAAGCUGGCUCGUACAGUGUUCAGCAAACUCCAUGAGGUUUGCAGCAGCUGGGUAAAGGACUUUCCCCUCCAGCAGAAGCCCCACCGUUACUACGAAACAUCCAUUCAUGCCAUUAAGAACAUGCGCCGCAAGAUGGAAGACAAACACGUCUGCAUUCCAGACUUCAACACCCUCUUCAACCUUGAGGAUCAAGAGGAGCAGGCCUAUUUUGCAGUAUUUGAUGGCCACGGAGGAGUGGAUGCUGCCAUUUAUGCUUCCAUCCACCUCCACGUGAACCUGGUGCACCAAGAGAUGUUCCAGCAUGACCCUGCAGAGGCACUGUGCAAGGCCUUCCAAGUGACGGAUGAACGCUUUGUGCAGAAGGCAGCCAGAGAGAGCUUGCGGUGUGGGACCACAGGUGUUGUGACGUUCAUCCGAGGGAACAUGCUGUAUGUGGCCUGGCUGGGAGACUCCCAGGUGAUGCUUGUCAGGGGGGGCCAAGCAGUGGAGCUGAUGAAACCUCAUAAACCAGAUCGUGAGGAUGAGAAGAAGCGCAUUGAGGCCCUCGGAGGCUGCGUGGUCUGGUUUGGGGCUUGGCGAGUCAAUGGGAGCCUGUCUGUCUCCAGAGCCAUUGGUGAUGCAGAACACAAGCCAUACAUCUGUGGGGAUGCGGACUCGGGCUCCACAGUUCUAGAUGGAUCGGAAGACUACCUCAUUUUAGCCUGCGACGGCUUCUAUGACACCGUGAACCCUGAUGAAGCAGUGAAAGUGGUGGCUGACCACCUGAAGGAGAACAAUGGGGAUAGCAGCAUGGUGGCCCACAAGUUAGUGGCUUCAGCUCGAGAUGCUGGCUCCAGCGACAACAUCACUGUCAUUGUGGUCUUUCUCAGGGACAUGAGUACGGCCGUAAGCAUCAGCGAAGAGUCAGAGUGGACAGAGAACUCUUUCCAAGGUGGGCAAGAAGACAACGGCGACAAUAAAGAAAACCACGGGGAUUGCAAGAGGCCGUGGCCUCAGCACCAGGUCUCAGCACCUGCUGAUCUAGGGUAUGAUGGGAGAGUGGAUUCUUUCACAGACAGAACUACCUUGAGUGCAGGUUCCAGGAUCAACGUGUUGGAAGACCCAGGCUAUAUUGACCUGAGGAAAAUAGAAGCUAGCAAACUUCAGAGUGCAAAACGUCUGUCCUCAGAUCAAUGGUUCAGCACUUGUGAACCAAAGAGGGCAACCUUGGGUCAGGGUGUAUCAGCAGAGAACGAGACAGUAGCCGACCCUGCGCCUCCUGCAGGCGGGCAGAGCAGUCUCCAGGAGCAGCUAGCCUCUCUUCCUUCUGGCUCCACAAGCCCACACGAGUACAGCAUCUCCAGCAGGCUCGAAGGUGAGCACUUCAAAUCUUGGGGAGGAAGAGCUUCCAUUUUCUCUCCCCUUCACUUCUGUGAUGCAAAGCGGUGGCAGCGACUAGCCAGACUCAAGCCCAAGCUCCACAUGCUUCUCUUUGAGAACAGGCUGCUUUCCCCCACAGAAGAGUUAGCUCUGGCCGCACCUUGCAGUGCGAACAGCCGUAGAAAUAAGUUGAUAAGAAGCCGUCUCUGGCAGGGCUUCUCUAGUUGUUGCCGGGGUCAUGGCAAGAGUAUUCACCUGCUGCAAAGGCAGAGUCAUUGUAUACCAGACCCUGGGCUCCUCUGGAGGUGUACAAAGUAGCAUGCUCCUUUGUAUUCCCCUCUCCUGCCCCCCCCCCAAUAGUUUAGGUUAGGCAUUCACAGAAUGAGGAGGAAAUUUAAAAGAGUGAGCAUUUCAGAACCAUGUGAUUGUGGAAUGCACCAUUCAUGUAAAUAGAUCCUAGGAAUGUGUGUUUCAGUCUAAAAAAAAUAAAAUAAUGGCUGGUGUGCCAGUCUCUCUCUCUCUCUCUC